AUGGCUCCCAAUGAGUCGGUCAAGAUGCACAUCAUUUUCGACUUGUACUGCAAAGAACAUCCCACAGUGGACCUUGGGGUGAUCAAGUAUGAAGUGUUCAAGGUGAAGAGAAAAGGGGACAAGUUCCUGUUCAAACAAACUAAAAUGAACCUGCCUCCAAUUACGCACGCCGGCGCUGCCAUUACGUUCGCUGGGGGCCCUCACAGCUAA